AUGAGAAGACGCAGGAAUUUGAGUGUGGAAUCAAUUCAAUUUGAUCGAUCGAAGCUUAUAUCAAAGCCCGGAGUCCCAUUUAAAACAAGUCGGUUCAAAAUUAAAUAAAAGAUCAUCAAUAGAUAGCAAAGGAAGACCAUCGCUCCAUAGCCAAUCUGCCAUAAGAUCUUUGAAUCAAAAGGCUAUAUUUACAGACAUAAGACAGACAAGGAACAGUGAGACAAGGUCGAAAUUCUUCAGAAAGAGACUAAGCACUAAGAAGAAUCUUGAAUUUCAUAGCUUCAAGAAUCCUUCUGGAAGCACCUACAACAUUAAAAGUACUCUUGGAGGAACUUCACUAUUAUCUCAAAAUUGGAUGAUAAGGCCAGAAUCGAAAGCUAGAGAAUUAACUAAAUCCGUUAAGAUGAUUACAGAUAGACCUUGAUUAUCUUCCUCGCAAUCCUUGCUCACACUGAACCAGAAUAAUGCAGUAUUUGAGAAAAUCAGCCAAUAUUCAAAAAUAAAACAAAGUGAGAAAGGCCUUAUAAGCCGAAUCAAUAAGACAAACUGAAAAGAUCUUAUCAGAGAUGCCAAGAAAGAGCUCAGAAGGGCUUCUUAUAAGCUCUCAACCCUAGUUUCAGAUGGAGAUGCAUCAAUCCAAGCCUUUAAAGGAGUCUCGGUUAGUAUAGAACUGUUAGAAAAUAUGCCUACUUAUGUAAAAGUGUCUGCUAAGAAGGAAACUCCACCUGCAAAAAUAUUCAUAGAUUAUGCCCCGAAUGAGGAGAUUGAUAAUUUUAGGAUGAAGGUAUUUGUGUCAUACACUGAGACUCAUCCGAGCAAGAAGAAUUAUAAUCAUAAAUUCUUCAACAAGAAAUCUUUCCAUCUCUACCCACUCGACUCGUUGGAAAGGAAAUUUAAGAAUGAAUACAUCUACUUUGCAUUAGAAUCCAUUUAUGAAUGCUCAAUCACCAUGCGAGUUGAAUUUAACUUAGAUGCUAAAAAUAACAUUGAAAAGGACAAAGAGGAAGAGACCACAGAUUUACUCCCUGGCACGGACUCUGAGCACUAUAUUCUCACGCCUAAAUAAGGACACUAAGAGAGAAGCUCCACCCAACGACAAAAUUGUGGACUAUGUUAAAUAACAUCUCUGGGACUGACUGGAAAAAGAUUGCUCGGAAGAAGUGGAUCAUCCGUAAACAACAAAGGGAUAACAGAAUAAAAUAAUGCAUUAAUGAAGAAGAAUGUGCUUGUCAAGGAGAACAUCAAGAAGAAUAUCUUCUACCUACACCGUUGGGAAUACAUUCUCUGUGAGGGCAAAUAGUAAAAC